AUGUCGAAGCGCGCUGAUUACAAACUGUUGAGAGUCCCGGAAGUUAACGAGUUCGUUGGUUGUAAGACAAGAAGAUAGAUCUUUAAAUUGCUCAAAACGCCAGGGAUCAUCAUGGAUUCGUUUCCAGUCCUUCGUGAUCAAACCCAGAAGAAAAUCCUUUUUGACUUAAAAAGAACAAAUAAUGAACAAAACAAAACUCGAGCGGAUGCAAAGCUUUUCAAAGACAUCCCAACAACACACCUUUCGAGUAAAGAUUGUGAGAACAAAGAUCCAGCGGGAUGUGUUCGAAAGCCUUUCAUGCAGCCAGCUGUAAGCAGAAUUCCAGUUCUUGCAAAAUCCCUCAGUCUUCAAACUUCCUCUGAAUUUAAGCACAUGCAGUGGGAAAGUAAAACAUUAGCUAGUAAAGCUAAGAGAAAGAAGCUGUGUACCAGGCCAGUGCCUUUCAACUUCUCUCAAUCCAAACGCACAACAAAAACAAACACUCGCGAUAUUCAGCCUGAAACCAGUGUGCAUGGUGAAAAACCCAGUAAACAUCAAGGAGAAUCAAAUAAAAAAGUGAAGAAGUCUCAUGGAAAGACUUCUGAAAAUGCAUCUCAGGUGUCAGGACAGUUCAACCCAUUAAAGACUUCAAACAUUCCUCUGCGUUCAAAGCCCAGCAACGCUGUGCAUCAGGAUGAAGGUAGUUCUGCAAAGUCAGCUGCCGGUGCAGAGGUUAUUUUGGAAAACAUGAAGCUGCUCAGUCUCAAAGAAACCACCAAGUCCUCAGACCAGACCACACCAGGAAACCCUUCAAAAGCUUUAAGUGACAAAGGGAAGAGCUUCCAGCCAGACCAUUCAGCAUUACUCAGUAUUCUCAGAAAUGAGGGAAUUAGUCUCACAGGUCAAGCUCUGAGAACUCCACAGUCCAAAUCCCGCAACAAUCUGCCAAUGCGUGUGUCUGUGAUGAGUCGACCGAAAGCCGGACCCACUACAGGCUUAGCGAGGGUGCAGUUCUUUUUAGACCCUGCCGCUCUACAAAGUGUCCUGCAGAAUGAAGGCGUGAAGGCUGGGGGGGCUUUUGGAGCCACACCCACAACCUCAGUCUGUCCACCGAACAGGAACACUUCUAUCUACACUGCUCAGAGAGUGCCUGUAAAGAAGAAAAACACAGAGGGGGCAGUGUCUUUUUGUCCAGCGGCAUUCAAAGAGACUCCUUUGCAGAAAUGGACUCCACAAAGAGUCCGAAACACGAAACAUCAGCCCAUGUCUUCUAUGAAACUGACUCACACACUCGGCACUCCUGGACCCGAGAACAGCAAAAACAAAUUUCAGCCAUGUCAGAAGGGGGUGGUUCAGAGAUUAUUUGAGGAUCAAGAUGAAGAUCAGAAGACACCUAGGAUGAACAAAGAACCCAUGACCCAAAAGGAGCAACUACAAGUCUCUUCUAAUAACAGUCCCUGUAAGGAAAAGUUGCAAGCGUGUAGAAUUAACUGUGAUGAGGAGGAGGAGGAGUGGACUUCCCUAGCACAGCCGAGAGAGUCUGUCAUCUUUUUCUCAACGGGUAAAAACUUAUUCAGAGCUCCACGUCCUGAGAAUGGAGAAGUCUCGGCUCAGCAGGAUCAGCCUGGUCCGUUUUCAUCCGAUCAGAUGAACUUGCCAGCAUCUCCCAAAGAAACAUCCGCUGAGUCUGAACCAGCUCACCCCAACAGCUCUUCUGUUCUACUGCACAGAGAAUUAAUUUCUGAAAAAGCCUUUCCUCUGAAACCUGCGGUGGUGAUGUUGAGAAAGCGCCUGGAGGAGCUGCGUUUGGACGAGGAGGUGUCAACCUACACCUCUGUCUCUGGCCCAGCUGUGUUUCUCCCCCCUCAGCCUCGCUGUGGGAACCCACUGGCCUCCAUUUUGCUCUUUGAGGAAUCCACUAAAUUUGUUCCAAUCAUCUUUGACUUGUCCUCUGGUCCUUCACAGUUACACGGCUCUCCGCUGCAUGAGAGAUGAUUCUUGUUUUCUUGAACGAUGCAAGUGUUUUUAUAUAACUUUAGUAUGAAUAAAAAAUUUUCAAAUAUG